CGGACUCAGCGGCGGAAGUGGCGCCGCCGUAAGAUCCCCUUCCGCUCAGAGGCGCUGCCGGAGCAGCGGAGCAGACUGCGGCUGGGGCAGAAGAUUCCGGCCCCUGGGUGACAUGCAGCAGGUGACCCGGCCACCCCGCCUCUGCCCCCAGCUGUGCCGCUGAGGCCCCACCCCCACCCCCACCCCGCCUUGAGGUGGGGGCCCACCAGGAUGAACAAGGUGUCCAGGGACCUGGCCGGUGACUUGGAGCGCAGUCUGCCGGCCGUGGCCUCCCUCAGCUCCUCGCUGUCACACAAGCAGAGCCUCUCGUCGCACUUCCUCCUGCCGCCUCCCGAGAAGCGCCAGGCCAUCUCCGAUGUCCGCCGCACCUUCUGCCUCUUUGUCACCUUCGACCUGCUCUUCAUCUCCCUGCUCUGGAUCAUUGAGCUGAACACGAACACAGGUAUUCAGAAGAACCUGGAGCAGGAGAUCAUCCACUACAACUUCAAAACUUCCUUCUUUGACAUCUUUGCCCUGGCCUUCUUCCGCUUCUCUGGGCUGCUCCUGGGCUACGCGGUGCUGCGGCUCCGGCACUGGUGGGUGAUUGCGGUCACCACGCUGGUGUCCAGUGCCUUCCUCAUUGUCAAGGUCAUCCUCUCUGAGCUGCUCAACAAAGGGGCGUUUGGCUACCUGCUGCCCAUAGUCUCCUUCGUCCUCGCCUGGCUGGAGACCUGGUUCCUUGACUUCAAAGUGCUGCCCCAGGAGGCCGAGGAGGAGCGAUGGUACCUCGCUGCCCAGGCUGCUGUCGCCCAGGGGCCCCUCCUCUUCUCUGGAGCUCUGUCCGAGGGCCAGUUCUAUUCACCCCCAGAAUCCUUCGCAGGGUCUGACAACGAAUCAGAUGAGGAACUGGUCGGGAGGAAGAGCUUCUCUGCCCAGGAGCGGGAGUACAUCCGCCAGGGGAAGGAGGCCACGGCUGUGGUGGACCAGAUCUUGGCCCAGGAGGAGAACUGGAAAUUCGAGAAGAAUAACGAAUACGGGGACACUGUGUACACCAUUGAGAUUCCCUUUCACGGCAAGACGUUCAUCCUGAAGGCCUUCCUGCCGUGCCCUGCGGAGCUGGUGUACCAGGAGGUGAUCCUGCAGCCCGAGAGGAUGGUGCUGUGGAACAAGACGGUGACCGCCUGCCAGAUCCUGCAUCGAGUGGAAGACAACACCCUCGUUUCCUAUGACGUGUCCGCAGGGGCUGCGGGUGGUGUGGUCUCCCCGCGGGACUUCGUGAAUGUCCGGCGCAUCGAGCGACGCAAAGACAAAUACCUGUCAUCGGGCAUCGCCACCACGCACUGUGCCAAGCCCCCAACACACAAAUACGUCAGGGGAGAGAACGGUCCUGGGGGCUUCGUUGUGCUCAAGUCCGCCAGUAACCCCCGCGUCUGCACCUUCAUCUGGGUCCUUAAUACAGAUCUCAAGGGCCGCCUGCCCCGGUACCUCAUCCACCAGAGCCUUGCGGCCACCAUGUUCGAGUUCGCCUUCCACCUUCGGCAGCGCGUCGGAGAAAUGGGAGCCCGGGCGUGACCGUGCCCCCUCGCCACCCUGCGGGCCAGGGUUCUGGCACCACAGCCUCCAGAGCCAGCGGAGGGCCCGGGGGCCGCCCCCAGAGGACCCGGCCUCCCGCAGCAUGAGGAAGAAGCUGCCCCUGACGGCAGCCCCCUGGCCGCAGGCUGCCAGGCUGCACUGUGCCCAGCGCGGCGGCCCUGAGCAGGCCGUGGGCUCUGCCGCUGGGGCAGGUGGGGUCCACCCCGCCUUGUGCGCGUGGCGUCCCUGCCUCCUGGGAGAGGAGAUCCGCUGUCCCCUGCGGAGCCAGGGGCAGGGGCUGGAACGGGAGCCUCAGACUUGAUGGGGGAGGGCCGGGCCCUGGGCAGGACGGAGGCCAAGAUAACCUGUCACCCGUGUUCAGGUGUGGGAGCCCCUUCGUCUGCCUGCUCACCUGUCACGGUUGUCGGGGAUUAUUUAAAGGGUCUGGGACCAUUUUCCACAUGGACCUGUGGGGAGCGGGCGGCAGGUGGGCACGGUGGAUGCUGGCAGUGAACCUCUGCCUCUCCCAGCUUCUCUCCCUCCCUCGGGGCCUCCUUGGGCACUUUUGUAAUUUGAGCCAAUGAAUAACAUGAACUCAGAA